AUGCCGCACGUCCCGUCUCCGAAUCCUACUUCUCCGCUCUCGGACCUGCUCAAGCGACUGGACCGCGCUCGCUCCGCACACUCCACCCCACUAACGAGCUCGACUCCUCCUUCACCACCCAGCGGCGCACGCGCGCAGCUUCUGUACAAGCUCGAGAGCCUCUUCCAGUACAUCGUCGCGCCCAAUGCCCGCCUCCCGUCGAACUUCGCGUCGAUCAUCGAUGCACUCGAUGUGCUCACCGAUCGCCGCGCAAACGAAGAGCAGGUGCACAGGGCGAUGAACGUGCUCGACUCCGCGCUGUCGGAGGUCGCGCUCGCUAGUGCGCCUGCGCCGCCGACGGGAUCCGUCCCGGUGAUGGAGCAAUCUUCGUCGUCCAAAUCUUCGAAAUCUUCCCGAUCGACGACCUCCUCUUCCGCCGUAUCUUCGCAUUCAUCCUCCUCCUCCUCCUCCCGCCGCCCCAAGAGGGAGAGCAUGCCCGCCCCCGCGCGUCCCGCUGCGGCGCCCGUGCCCUUCCCUGCUACCCACGCCCCGCGCCAGUCGGUCUCGGCGCCGCAUGUGCCGCAGAUCAAGACGACGACUGCUCGCCCUCGGCGUCCGCGUGCGUCGUCGAUGAUGUACACGAGCUCGAGUGCAUCUGCUUCCCCCGUGUCUGGACGCCCGAGGCGUCGUGCAUCGGUCACGGCCGUCGACAAGCGGGUGCACUGGGCGGACGCGCAGGCGCCGUACACCCUCGAGUCGCCUCCGACUCCGUCGGGCGCGAACUCGAAGCUCGUGCUGAAAAGUCCUCCGCCGCGGCACCAGGACGACGACUGGUGGGUGCUCGUGCCCUCGCCCGGUGAACAGCUGCCUUCGUCCUCGCAUCACGCUGAGAACCGCUCUUCGCGGCACGGCUCUCGUCACGGCUCGGAGCAUCGCGAGCGCCGCCGGAGUUCGUCGCGCUCGCGGCCGCUUCAGGACGUGCGCAACCAUGAUCAUCACAAGAGCUCGCACCGGGAGCACUCGCAGUCGCCCGAGAAGCGUACUUCAAGCUCAGAGAAGCGCCGCAGGGAGUUCUCGCCAGACAAGAAGGCCAGCAAGCGCAAGCAGGAUGUUCGCGUUGUGCCUGUCGUUGUUGCCCAGCCUGGGACUCCGCCUGAGGCGUUCCAUCCCGCGCGGGCGAUGGUGUGGCCUUCGCGCCCCGAUUACUCCAGCCUGCCCAGCUUUGGGCGCUUCUACGCAGCGUUCCCGGUUACCCCGCCGACUACGGGAAUCUGA